AUGAGAUGGCUGGCCGACCUGGGCUUUGGACGUGGCUACACCUUCUUCUUGUACGUUCCACGAAAAUCGAACGCCAUGAAGAACGCCGCGAGCUUCGCAUACGUCUUUGUGAACUACCAAUCCCCGCUGCAGGCGAAGUCCUGCUACCAUGGGCUGCAGCACAAAGUCUUCAAGGGCACGCCUUUGAGCGUGGUGGCUUCCAAGAUCCAGGGCCAACAGGCGUGCCUUGACCACUUCAAGAACCUCUCGGCCAGCGGAAGGCUGGUUCCUUAUGUUGCAGAGCCCUCCGAGGACACUUCCAGAAGCAGAUCGCACACACCUGGCCAAGAAGUGGACGCUCGGGUACUCUCCUGGCAAUGA